AACUGAACAAGGUAAAAGAAUGCGUACUUGUUUGAAAUCUUCUAGAAAUUUGUAAGAUAAGAUAACAAACAUUAUCAGUACAUACUAAGUAGGAAAGAAUUUGAAACACCUUUAAAAUAUUUGCAUAUUAUAGAGGUUAAAAAAAUUUGACAUAAAUGGGUGCAAUUAAAAAAAUCGUAACAGUCGGUGAUGGUGCAUGUGGAAAAACAUCUUUAUUAACUACAUUUAGUUUCAACGAAUUUCCUGAAUACCACGUACCUACGGUAUUUGAUGCAUAUUCAAAAGAUAUUGAAGUAGAAAACCAGCAAAUUACUUUAGCUUUAUGGGACACUGCAGGAGAAGAAGAUUAUGAUAGGCUAAGACCUUUGUCCUACAGUAGGACCAAUGUUGUACUUAUAUGUUUUGCUAUAGACUUUCCAGACUCUUUGUUAAAUGUUAAAGAAAAGUGGUGGCCUGAAGUGAAGCAUUUUUUACCCUAUGUGCCAUAUAUACUUGUAGGUAAUAAAUUGGAUCUGAGGAAUGACCCCGAAGUGAUAAAAUGUCUAAAUUCAGCGAAUUCUCAUCCUGUUAGCCAAGAAGAAGGAGAAAAAAUGGCGAGGAAAAUUAAAGCUGUCAAAUACAUGGAAUGUUCUGCCAAACACAUUUUUGGAGUAAAACAAAUUUUUGAAGAAGCAGCGCGAAUAGCAAUUCAAACUACAAAGGAGAGAAAAAUUAAGCAUUAUUGUAAAUUUUUGUGAAAAUUGAAAUAAGUAAGGACUAACUUUACUUUGAAAAAUCAAGUGCUUGUACCAUUUCUGAGUAGUUUAUAAGUAUAUAACUUGUAAAUAUAAAAGGUUUGGUUAUAUUCUAUUCACUGAUGCAUGUACUUAUAUAUAUACAUAUACAAAUCAUUUUCUCUAUAUUCAUGACAUGUAGCUGAAAGUUACCAAUAAAAUAUUUUCAUUAAAAUAAUCAGUAUGCGAUAACUUUUUUAAAUGAUAUAUAAUUAAGAAUUUUUCUUUUUCAAUUUACCACAGUUAAAUGGUACUUCGUGAAUUAUAUCUCCUGCAAAUUAUAUAACGUUUAGCUAAUAAUACUGGAAACAAUAUUAUUUAUUGAACCACCAAACCAACUGAACUUCUAGCAAAAAUGAAAAUCUUAAAGGACAAAAAUGGUUGUAUACACAAAUAGUAUAAAAGCAGUCUUCAAAUAAAAAUUUUCAUUUCAAAAUUUCAUCAAAUUUUUUAGAACAAAAAUCUUAAUAAUGGUGGCGUAAACGAGAUCUUGGUUUUCUCAUUGAAUUCGGAUGAAUUUAGUAAUGACAAAGUAUACGAGGUUUGUUCGAAAAUUAUCGAGACUACUUUAACACGUUCCCAUCUGUGAUCCCACUUUCUAAAGCAAUCAUGGAAAGCAGUUUUCGAAAUUAUCUUCAGUUCUUUCAUCGCAUUAGUUAUUUCAAGCAAAGCUUUAUUAUCGAACCAAUAUCCUUCGAGCGGCAUUCAAAAUCACUUAGACUACUAAGGCUAAAUAACUCAGUCAUCCUGGACCAAAGACUGACAUUCAAGGACCACAUAGACUACAUAUAGAAUAAUAAACACCUUUGCUGCACAUCAAGGCUAACCUUAUUCCCAAUCCCUAGCGAAUAUUUUGUAUCUACAGCGUAAGAAUACACUACCAAGAGUAGAGGGGAUUAGCAGGAGAAGAAAUCAUCUGAACCACCAAUGCGAAAUAUCUGGAAUCGUCCUGAACCAAGGACUAACUUUCAAGACCCACGUCGACCAACUAGUGAACAAAGCAAAAAACAACUGAUGGAUAUCAGAGCCAUCCCUAUUUCCUUUAUGCUGUAGGUAUCUACCACAAUGAGAAAGCCCAGUAAAACAUAAGCCUGUAGCAAACAGUGAACAUCUCUUGGCACAUCACGACUAAGCAGAUCUACCGACAGUUGAAUCAAAAGAAGAUAGAACAAAUGGAAAAUGCUAAAAGAAGAGUCCAAGAGUGAAGAACCCACAUCAAUAGCCAGUUGAGGUAGCUGUCUGGAUACAGUAAGGAAAACUACGCCAGGCAUCCAAGACGAAGGAAACAGCUAGACUACGAACGUGGGGACAAAACGAAUAACAAUGGACCACCUAUAACCGGACUGCCGAUCCAUGGAUCAACAGGAUCUGGAAUUGAAACAGAUAUAGCAAGUGAAUGAUUCACUGUUCGAGAUCGUUUUUAAUCCACGGAUAAAAUAGGAAGCUCUUCCUGGAAUAUAUAAUUCUUUAAGUGGUGCAUUUUGGAAGGACUAGGUGUGUAUGGUGAGGUAAUUCUUAUAUUGAAAUUUGAAAUUGAAAGGGAUAAAUAAUUGUUUUAAGGAAAAUGAAACACAGGUAAGUGAUUAAAUCAUUUUAUUUAACACGAGAUCUACCAAAAUGGUACAUAGGGUACUAUUGCAUUGUUUUAAGUGAUUAAAAGAACUAUAAAGCUAAAAUAUUAAUACUGUUUCAAAUCUACCUAUACUUUGCUUAAAAUACAAUCACAGAUUCAUUUCUUCACAUUACAAUAUAGAAACAGCAAUUUCACAUCCUGAGUGUAUUAAUAGUAAGAGCUCUUAGAAAUUCCUGUAUGUAGACGAUAAAGAAAAUAAAGUAAAGAUAAAUUUAAAAAAAAUAAAAAUAAGCUCUAAUACAGAUAUUAAAUACUAAAUUAACUUAUUUUCAAACUUGAGGAUUAUUUAAGAAAAACAUGUAUGAAACAUUGUAUGUAAACUUUUCAAAUUUUCAGAGGUAAAAAAGGCAAGUAAAAAUUUAAAUUUGGAUGUCACUUUAGCAGUAUUGAAGAGAAAAUAAUGUUUCUAAGAACCCCCUAUUAGAUUUACUUCAUACUACAGAAGAGUUUAAUUUUGUUAAUCAACUUUAAAGCUCUUUUCUGUCAAUUUUAUAAUUUGUACAUUAAAGUCGAAACGGUACGAGAAUAGCUACAAUUUGUACAUUUUUAUUGCUAGAAAUGUCAAGUGUAACUGAAAUGAGGUUGCAAUUUAUAAAACUAACUUCGUAAUCACUGUUAAAUGAUCUGUUGAAUUGAUUCCCCAUAACUACAACAUUUGAAGGGCUCGACAACAAUCGAAAUUCAGAUAUGAACUACCACAAAAAUAUAUCCUAAAAGGUAUUGAAUAUAAAAUAUUUUAUAGUACCCUUGAAUCCACUUUAACUGUUCAUUGAAAAUUUCCUUUUUCAAGACAAAAUGUGAGGCUUGCAUUGAAUACUACUUAUUGAAUGACAUACCCCAUAAAUGAGGUAUCAUUGCGAACAUAAAAUUAGUUCUUUAGAUAAACAAAUCACUGCUUUGAUAUGUUUUUUAUAAAGAAAGGAAUAUUUUGAUACGUUAGUUAUCUCUUCAAAUCGCUACUGCUUUCCGAGUUACGUCUUUUGGAAACUCACAUCCUCCUUUCUUUCCCGAAAACUGAUGAGUGGAAAAAAUGUAUAAAAUUAACUACAACAUUUCAAGGGCUAAACACCAACAAUGUUUAUUUAUAAAGAAAGGAAUAUUUUGACAAGUUAUAUAUCUCUUCAAAUCACUACUGCUUUUCGAAGUAUGUCUUUUGGAAAUUCACAUCCUCCUUUGUUUUCCGAAAGCUUGAAAACUGUACUUCCAAAUAUCACUAGCCAGUGAUACUAACUGAUGAGUGUAAAAAGGUAGUCCUCAUUAAAAAUUGUCCAAUUAUUUUAUAUACUAUAUCAAGAGAUAGGGUGACAGUGUGGAGUAACAAUUAUGUUAGUGGUCACGGUUAAUAAUGUUUAGUAAGGCUAUUACUAUAAAAAGUUUUAAAUUUUCUAAUGUCGUACGUAUUUUGAUUUUAAUCAGAUCACAAUUUUUUUUAAAAACAUUAACGUCGUCCUCAUUACUUGCUUUAACAUUCAAACUACCAAGAGCUGGAGAAUUAAAUAUUGUAGAGAACACUUUCUAAUCCCUGGUCGAAAUUUAUUUUUAUGAUAAGAAUUCGAGUUCAAAUUGAAGAAAAAGACAAAAUAGGAAACAUGUUUUGUAGCUUUAUUCAUCAUACUUUUUUUAUGUGGUACUAAGAGAAACAAAUCCCUAUAACCCAAUUAAUUAUAAAUUUAUGAUGAACUACUAUUCAAAACCUGUUUUUAAGAAUUUUUGUAUGCUGCUGAGUAUUUCUAAAUGAUAAAAGAAUAUGAAUUUGUGAAGUGAUUCACAAAAUGUACGAUAUUUUAUAAUUUUUUGCUUUCUCAAUAAAAUUGUGAGCUUUCAAUUAGUGUUUUAAUCCAAUCAAUAUUUU